GUAUACUUAAAAAUGAUUUUUUUUGCUUGGAAGUCAGUGAUUAAAACUAAUCUUGUGAUUUUAAAAUUCAUGGGUUUAUGGCCUCGAGAAACAAAAUACAGACGUAAUUUUUAUUCUUUGUAUGCAAUACUUUUAACUGUGAUGGUAGCAAGUGACAAUUUAUUCCAAACCAUAAAUUUGUUUCUAAUUCACACGAAUUUUUCGUCGUUAAUGGGGACAGUUUUUGUCCUUUGUACCAAUUGGUGUGCUUCAAUCAAAUCGUUUUGUUUCAUUUACAAAGUGAAUCUAAUCAAAAUAUUGUUACAAGAUUUGGAUUGUGAAGAGUUUCAACCAAAAAAUGACACUCAAAUGAAUUUAUCACGCAGUAUUUUACAUCUCUGGAAGAUCGUAUUUUACGCAAUGACAAGUGGUGUAACUGCAACAGUGCUUGCUUUAGCGGUUACGCCUUUACUCACUGGUGAUCUAGCUCAAUAUGAACUUCCAUUUUGGGCUUGGUAUCCGUACAAAACACGAACAUCGCCACUUUUUGAAAUCAUGUAUUUGUACCAAGUUAUUUGUGUGUUCUGUAUUGCAAUUAUCAGCAUAAACAUAGAUCUUUUGAAUAUGGCAUUCAGUGCGAUCUUUUAUGUUACGACUUAAAAAAACUCAACAACUCCAAAAAGGAUUUCAAUAUAAACUUGAUAAAAUGCA